AUGGGCGUUGUAAAUCUUGCAUCUGAUCCGGGGACGACCCUCCUGCGUUUCGCCUCCGGGAACGGACCGGUAACCCGCCGCAUCCUUCGGACUCCGCUCCGCGAUGCCCUUCCUACAGAGAUCCCAGUCAUCGAUAUCUCGCUCGCAUUUAGCCCUGAACUUAAGGACCGGAAGACUGUAGCUCAGCAGAUUCGCAACGCUGCCACGACAUCCGGCUUCUUCUACCUGAUCAACCAUGGCAUCGCGUCUUCAGUCACUGAUUCAGCCCAUACGGCCUGCCUAGAGUACUUCCGCCAGGAUGAAGAGACAAAGAUGCGCUCAUGGGUUGGGAAGAGUCGCUACUUCAACGGCUACAAACCGCCUGGAUCUCAGCGAAUCAACAAGUCAGAGAGCGUCGAUGUCCGCGAGUCAUUUAGCUGGACGUACGACCCUCGCCACGACCCUGAUGUGGUCGACGUCAAUGCUAUUCCUGCGGAGGCGAGAAAGCUUUUGCGGAUUGAGGACUUCCACUGGGAUGGCACGGCCAAUCAGCCGCACUUCAAAGAAGCCAUCAUUCUAUAUUGGCAAUCCUGUUUGAAACUCGCUCGCGUCCUGGUUCGCUCCUUUGCGCUAUCGCUUGAUCUACCUGAGGAUCACUUUGAUGCCAAAUUCGCGUACCCUGAUGCUGCGCUGGCGCUGAACUACUACCCACCUCUCAGUUUCUCGGCCACCGUGGAUUCAGACUUCAACAAGACAGUUUCCAUAGGAUCGCACACAGACUUUCAGCUUUUCACCAUUCUAUGGCAAGACUCGGUUGGGGGCUUGCAGGUACUAAACCGCCAGGGGCAAUGGAUCAGGGCCGCACCUAUCCCUGGGACGUUUGUCGUCAACAUUGCCGACUACCUGCAGCGCAUCACAAAUGAUCUCUACGUCAGCACAGUACAUCGAGCCCAGAACUUGAGUGGAGAAGAGCGAAUCAGUAUGCCCUUCUUCUUUGGCUUCGGCCUGCAUGAAAGCUGCGGCGUGAUCGACACCUGCGUCAAGGAAGGGGAGAAGCCAAAGUACGAAGAGAUCGGCUGUGAAGCUUGGGUCCAACGAAGAGCUCGGGCGAUGCACCAGGUUGACUCUGAUGACGAAAACGACUGUGCGCACACUUUGUUGUAUGUCUUCGUAUUUGUUCUACAGCCUCAAGCUUUGAGUGACGCGGCUUCCCAAAACUUCAUCUCCAACAACCCGAUCACAACGAAUGGCCAGCCAGUUGAUGGUCUCUCAAGAUGGCUGGAGGACUUUUCUCGCUCAGUCAUCCCCAUCAUGUGUCAUUCUCACAAUGAUUACUGGAGGCCGUACCCUCUUUACUCGGCCCUCGCAGCAGGCUGUACCGGCGUGGAAGCGGACAUCUGGCUGAGCGACGAUGGUUCCGAGUUGCUUAUUGGCCAUGACAGACAUGAACUGUCCUCCAAGAAAACUUUGCGGUCCAUGUACCUUGAUCCUUUAAUGAAGAUUCUCGAUACCAUGAAUCCUCCAGAGCAGUGGUCGAACUUCAGCCGAACAGAUCGGCCGCAGGGUGCUUUCCGAAGUCAACCGAACAUCACGAUAGUCUUGCUGCUGGACGUCAAGAGUGAUCCGUAUAAGACGUGGCCAGUGGUAAUGGAGCAGCUUGGAUCCCUGCGGGAAAAGCUCUUCCUGACACGCUACGAGGUAAUACAUACCGAGCCGGGCUUCAGACUCAGGCAAGAUAUAUGGCCGGGUCCUGUCACCGUCGUGGGUACGGGCAAUCUUAUGGAAGAUCGCAUGAUAAACCACUGGCCAACGAAUGAGCUCUAUCAUCAGUAUCACGACACAUUCCUCGACGCGCCGUUGGACCAACUUCCCAAGGAUAAUUGGCGCCAGUAUAAUGAGUAUGGCUACUUUACCUCUCAGCUGUGGCAUGAGGAAGACACCUAUUACACAUCCGUAUCAUUUCAACAAAGUAUCGGAUCAGUCCGCACCGGCUUCAGUAAUGAGCAACUUGCAAAGCUACGGAAGCAGAUCAGUACUGCAAAGUGGUCAGGCCUCAAAUCUCGGUAUUGGGACCUGCCAAGCUGGCCAAUCUCUUACCGCGAUUACGUCUGGGAAGUGUUGACAAGAGAGGGAGUCGACAUGUUGAACGUCGAUGAUUUACAGAGCGCAGCGAGAAGAGGUUGGACAAAGGGCUACGUGCAAAGCGUGAUAUGGGUGGCCUUGACUUCGUCUGCAAUCUUUCUCACUGGUAUUACGAUGACAUGGUUCGGGUUCCGGGCUAUCAAAAAGAAUAUGAAGGGUCUUCAAUGUCAGGGGAUCGUGUUGGCAUAG